UCUUCCGCUGCUCAUUUCACUCCUGUUCUCUAGCCUUCUUCGUCGGAUCUCAAGAUAUUCCUGCCUUGCAACCUGAGCCCCCCCAACCUUCCCUCCGUUCCGCUCCAGGUUUUCCUUCCUGUAUGAUGCAUUCUCUGUACCUCCCCUCGGCCUCCCAGGUGUAUCCGUCCCUUUUGGAAUCCACUCCGAUUUUUUCCUCCUGCCUUCCCUAGCCCUGAGCGGAGCUGGCUGGCUCCUCGCCGCUGCCCCUUGGUCUCUGGUGCGCAAAGGAGCGAGCUUCCUUCCCUCCUAGCAUCCUUGCUGGAGGUUCCUGGCUCUGUGACCAAGGAUCUACCAGAGGGCACGGGAGGAAGGGUGCUGCUGGCUGCUGUGGAUCGCCUCUGGGUAGGGCCCCCCCGCCUGCUUUUGCAUCCUCUUCCCCACCUCGCCUUGGCCAAGCGAGUCUGCCGGGAGGGGGCGUCCCCAUCAAGAGGAGAGCGAGCAAGCGAUUCUUUUACAAAGAGGAAGCCGGCAGGCAGUCGUAGCCCUCACGCCAUGGGGAGACCCAGGAGCCCGCCGCUUGGACGCUAGAGACCGCAAGGCGAAAGCUGGCGGCCCGACCUCUUGAAGCACCAAGUCCUCGGCCAACCCUCCCUGGCCGCCGGUGUCGGUGGUGAGCACGCCCGUGCGUGUUUGUAUGCACGGGGGGGGGGGAGCGGCGGAGAGAAGCGACAACCAGGCAGACGGAGCCCCCACCCCGCCGCCGUCGCCAGCGCGCGCGCGCGAGUGUGUGUGCGAUUUGGGGGUGGAUCUUCUGGGUUCGCUUGCCUCCACCGUCUCCAAAAUGCCCGGACUGCUUUCCACGGAUGGAUAUAUUUUAAGACUUCCUUUUGCAUCGCUUGGCGAGGCGGUUCGCCUACUGGAGGCGUCCGCCAGUGACAUCUCAUCGGGGGAACAAGGGCUUUGAUUUGGCCCCUUCUCUUCCUUCCUCCUUCUCUUCCUCCUCCUUCUCCCCCUCCCUUCUGCUAUUUUGGGAGGGGGCGGCUGCAGUCAAGAAAAACAAACAAAAACAAAAAAGGGACGGAGUUUGAUUUAUAACAGACGCCUCUUCUCCCCGUUCUUUAACUCGCCGUCCCUCCAGGGGUAAAACAAUCCGAAAUCAGGACGCGUCUUUUUGAGUGAGUGUGUGUGUGGUGUGUGCGCGCACCCCCCUCCACGUUUCUCUGAAAUUGACGCCCCAAGGGGGAGCAAUCGGAAGAAGAUCGAGAUCGUUCAUCACGCAUCCGAUCGCCUCGUGUUUCCUAAUACCUGCGGGGGCUCAAGCCCUGCCGUCCUGGCGGCAGGAUGGAUUAGGGAUCCCUGAAUGGAGGAACCCGACGGGGUUGGAUCGAAGAAGGCCUGCUGUUGUGCCCCCCACUCUGGGAUGACCAGAGUGGCUCCAGGUUGCUGACAGCUCCAGCAUCAAGUGCAGCAUGGCCCGGCUCAUCCAUGCCCUCUGGAGUCUCUGCAUCACCACUGUGCUCGUUACCUCAGCCACACAAGCAGGUCUAAGUCGUGCUGGCUUACCCUUUGGUCUGGUUCGGCGGGAACUGGCAUGUGAGGGCUAUCCUAUUGAGCUGCGCUGCCCAGGCAGUGAUGUCAUCAUGGUGGAGAAUGCCAACUAUGGCCGUACGGAUGACAAAAUCUGUGAUGCUGAUCCCUUCCAAAUGGAGAAUGUCCAGUGCUAUCUUCCAGAUGCCUUCAAAAUCAUGUCCCAAAGGUGCAAUAAUAGGACACAGUGUGUCGUGGUGGCUGGCUCAGAUGCUUUCCCAGACCCUUGCCCUGGCACCUACAAGUACCUGGAGGUCCAGUAUGACUGUGUCCCCUACAAAGUGGAACAGAAAGUAUUCGUUUGCCCGGGGACACUGCACAAGAUCCUGGAACCUACCUCGGCCCAUGAAUCAGAGCACCAGUCUGGAGCCUGGUGCAAGGACCCUCUACAAGCUGGAGACCGGAUAUACGUCAUGCCCUGGAUCCCAUACCGGACAGACACACUGACUGAGUAUGCCUCAUGGGAGGAUUAUGUGGGUGCCCGACACACCACCACAUACCGUCUGCCCAACAGGGUUGAUGGCACAGGUUUUGUGGUAUAUGAUGGAGCAGUCUUCUACAAUAAGGAGAGGACGCGCAACAUUAUCAAAUAUGAUCUGCGGACACGCAUUAAGAGUGGAGAGACUGUUAUCAACACAGCCAACUACCAUGACACCUCACCAUACCGUUGGGGUGGCAAGACUGACAUUGACCUGGCUGUAGAUGAAAAUGGGCUAUGGGUCAUCUAUGCCACUGAAGGCAACAAUGGUCGGUUAGUGGUGAGCCAACUUAAUCCUUACACGCUACGUUUUGAGGGCACGUGGGAGACUGGCUAUGACAAGCGCUCAGCAUCCAAUGCCUUCAUGGUAUGUGGAGUCCUUUAUGUGGUACGGACCGUCUAUGUGGAUGAUGACAGUGAGGCGGCUGGUAACCGGGUUGACUAUGCUUUCAACACCAACAUGAACCGUGAGGAACCCAUCUCAUUGACCUUCCCUAAUCCCUACCAGUUCAUCUCCUCCAUUGACUACAACCCCCGUGACAACCAACUUUAUGUAUGGAACAACUACUUUGUCCUGCGUUACUCACUUGAGUUUGGCCCGCCUGACCCUACCACUGGCCCAGUCACCUCGACACCAGUCAGCACUACAACCACUGUUCGUCCCACCACAAUCACCAGCACAAUCUCACCAGCUGCUGCUACAACAACAACACGGCAGGCACCCCUCACCACCCACCCAAUAGGUGCCAUAAAUCAAAAGGGCACAGAGCUGCACCCAGUCACUGCCAUAAUGCCCAGCACCCGCCGUCCGCCAGCAAAUAAUCAGCACAUCUCUCCGGAGCUCUUCUGUGAGGCCAAGGAGGUGCGGCGUGUCCAGUGGCCAGCCACACAACAAGGCAUGCUGGUUGAAAGGCCUUGCCCUAAGGGCACACGAGGUAUUGCUUCCUUCCAGUGUCUUGCUGCUCUUGGAAUCUGGAACCCCCGGGGGCCUGAUCUCAGCAACUGCACAAGUCCUUGGGUCAACCAGGUUGCACAGAAGAUCAAGAGUGGAGAGAAUGCAGCCAAUAUUGCAAGUGAGCUAGCCCGGCAUACACGUGGUGCCAUCUAUGCUGGAGAUGUCAGCUCCUCUGUCAAGCUCAUGGAGCAGCUCUUAGACAUUCUGGAUGCACAACUUCAAGCACUGCGCCCUAUUGAAAGAGAAUCAGCUGGCAAGAACUACAACAAGAUGCACAAGAGAGAAAGGACAUGUAAGGACUAUAUCAAGGCUGUGGUGGAGACAGUGGACAACCUGCUGCGACCUGAAGCUCUAGAGUCAUGGAAGGAUAUGAACGCCACAGAGCAGGUGCACACAGCCACAAUGCUGCUUGACAUCCUGGAGGAGGGAGCCUUCCUACUGGCUGACAAUGUCAAAGAGCCAGCCCGUUUUGUCACUGCCAAGAAUAAUGUGGUGCUGGAGGUGUCAGUGUUGAAUACAGAGGGGCAGGUGCCAGAUAUAGUGUUCCCACAUGAGUAUACCACAAGGAACUCCAUCCAGCUGUCAGCCAACACUAUCAAGCAAAACAGUCGUAACGGGGUGGUCAAGGUUGUCUUCAUCCUCUACAACAAUUUGGGAUUUUUCCUCUCUACUGAGAAUGCCACCAUCAAGCUGGGUAGUGAGGUUGGUCCACUUAGCCCCUCACUUGUUGUUAAUUCACAAGUUAUUGCUGCCUCCAUCAACAAGGAAUCUAGCCGUGUCUUCCUGAUGGACCCUGUCAUCUUCACCCUCUCCCACCUGGAGGACAAGAACCACUUCAAUGCCAAUUGCUCUUUCUGGAACUACUCUGAGCGCUCUAUGAUGGGUUACUGGUCCACGCAGGGUUGUCGGCUGAUGGAGACCAACAAGACUCACACCACCUGUGCAUGCAGCCAUCUCACUAACUUUGCUGUGCUCAUGGCACACCGUGAAAUUUACCAGGGCCGUAUCAACGAACUGUUGCUGUCUGUCAUCACAUGGGUCGGCAUUGUGAUUUCCCUGGUCUGCUUGGCCAUUUGCAUCUCCACUUUCUGUUUCCUGCGUGGGCUGCAGACUGACCGCAACACCAUUCACAAGAACCUCUGCAUCAAUCUCUUCAUCACUGAACUCCUCUUUCUAAUUGGCAUUGAUAAGACGCAGUAUGAGACUGCCUGCCCCAUCUUUGCAGGACUGCUGCACUACUUCUUCCUGGCAGCGUUCUCCUGGAUGUGCCUGGAGGCCAUCCACCUUUACCUCCUGCUGGUGGAGGUCUUUGAAAGCGAGUACUCCCGCAAGAAAUACUACUACUUGGGGGGCUAUUGCUUCCCUGCCCUGGUAGUUGGUAUUGCUGCCGCCAUUGACUACCGCAGCUAUGGCACCGACAAAGCAUGCUGGCUUCGAGUUGAUAACUACUUCAUCUGGAGCUUCAUUGGGCCUGUCUCUUUUGUCAUUGUGAUAAACCUGGUGUUCCUCAUGAUCACUCUGCACAAGAUGAUCCGCAACACAUCUGUCCUCAAGCCUGACUCCAGCCGACUGGACAACAUCAAGUCUUGGGCACUCGGAGCAAUCACUCUCCUUUUUCUCUUGGGCCUCACCUGGGCAUUUGGCCUCCUCUUCAUCAACAAGGAGUCUAUUGUCAUGGCCUAUCUCUUCACCACCUUCAAUGCUUUCCAGGGCAUGUUCAUCUUUGUGUUUCAUUGUGCACUGCAGAAAAAGGUUCACCGGGAAUUCAGCAAAUGCCUGCGACAUGCUUCCUGCUGCCUGCGGAGCCCGCCAGGGGCCCCACUGGGCUCCCUCAAGACCUCGGCCAUCCGCAGCAACAACCGUUACUAUACUGGAACCCAGAGCCGGAUCCGGAGAAUGUGGAAUGAUACUGUAAGGAAACAAACUGAGUCCAGCUUCAUGGCAGGUGAUCUUAACAGCACUCCCACCCUUAACCGAGGCACAAUGGGGAACCACCUGCUGACCAACCCCGUGCUGCAGACACGGGGCGGGACCAGUCCUUACAACACACUCAUUGCUGAGUCCGUGGGCUUCAACCCUGCCUCACCCCCUGUCUUCAACUCCCCAGGGAGCUUCCGAGAGUCCAAGCACCCCCUGAACAACAGCCGAGACGCCUGUGGCAUGGACACCCUCCCGCUCAAUGGCAACUUCAAUAACAGCUACUCCCUCCGCAGUGGUGACUUCCCAGCUGAUGGCACCAAGAUGGCUGAUUGCCGACGCAACCUGAGUGACGCUGCUGCCUUUGAAAAAAUGAUAAUCUCUGAGUUAGUGCAUAACAACUUGAGGGGGGGAGGCAGUGGUGUGGUCAAGGGAAGUGGAGGUUCUACUGAGACCUCCAACCCCCCUGGGCCCCCUCCCCCUCCCAAUGUAGUUGCAGGGGGAGGGGGUACCAACAAUGAGGAUGACGCCAUUGUGCCUGAUGCCCCUUCCUUGACCCAUGAGGAGAACAUGGAAAUUGAACUCAUGUAUAAGGCCUUAGAGGAGCCACUCUUGCUUCAGAGGGCACAGUCCAUCCUCUACCAGAGCGACCUGGAGGAGUCUGAGAGCUGCACAGCUGACCUGACAGAGGGGGGUGACGGCCAAGCCCCUUCACCCAACAGGGACUCUUUAUACACCAGUAUGACCAACCUGAGGGACUCCCCAUACCCGGACAGCAGCCCCGAGGCAGUUGGGGAAGUGCUUCCUCACGCCCAAGCCAUCAAUGAAAUCUAUUAUACCAACCGGCCAGCCUUGGUGCCACGCAACCAGCUCCAGGCCUACUACCAAGUCCGGAGACCCAGCAAUGAUGGCUACAUGGUCCCAGGAAGCUUAGAAAACCCAGCAGUGGAGGGAGAUGGCCAAAUGCAGCUGGUGACCAGCCUCUGAGGGGCUGUAAAGGGACUGAGGGACCAUAGCCCCCCCAACCCCCAUGCGGCAUCCUGGCCGUGACCUGAACAUUUUCAUUUUUUCCUGAAGGAAAGGGUGGGAAGAAGAGAAUGGCACAGGGCUUGGGAAUGAAUGGAGGAGAGAAGGUGGAAGAAAGAGCUGAGUGAGGCAGAGGGCUUCUCCGAAGAGAGGGGGCAGCCAUUUUGUCCGUCUUUCCUUCCAUCCAAUUAGUUUUCCAGACAGAAAGCGGCAUGUGGCCCACUUGGUUAUGUCUGUUUUUCUUCUCCAGGCAAGUGCAGUGGAGGAAAGAGAGCAGUGUCUAGGCAAAAGGAUCAGACUUAUUUUGACAAUACCUUCUAGAGAAUGGGGGUUUAACCAAGAGAUUGAAAAUGUUUUUUAAAAGUUGAAAUAAUGAUUAUUUUUAAUGUUACAGAAAAUCAAAGCCAUGAGGGUGCCACAUGCAGAGAAUGAGGCAUCUAGGGAAAUGCCCUGUCCUGCCUCCUGGCUCAGUGCCCACUCUCCACCCUCCCCUUGCUAUGACUCUAUGGGCCUAUUUUGCAGAAGAGUACAAGGGACAAACAGGGCCAUACGGUACUUGGCCUACUUGGGGUUUGGAUGCAACAGUUGCCAAAAAAGAGAGAGAGAGAGAGAGAGAGAGAGAGAGAGGUAUGUUUGGGGGGGGGAAGAGAGAGGAAGGAGUUGUUCAGCUAAUGCUACGCUUAGAACCUGCCUUCCAGUAUUUGUUGACUAUCACAGUUUUAUCAACAGGAUUUGUGUUUUAAGUUCUUUAGUUCUUUCAAAUUGGCAGGACAGCAGGAAAGUUUUGCUUUGAUUCUUUUCUUUUAAACACCCACACAGGAAUGUUUGACAUGCACCGUUGCUUCUGGGGAAGAAGGAAGAAGUAGUACUGAGGUGGCUAUCUUUAGAUUUUAUUUUUAUGGCUGCAUUUGGUAGCCAUUCCCCUCAUAGUUGCUUUGGGGUGGGGCCAACAGGCUUGAAGUAAAAUUGCGCAAAAGAAAGAGAUGAUGAGGGAUGGAUUGGAAGGAGGCAGGCACUUCUUCCUGUAUCAUUUGUUUAACUCAGUUCCACCAGUCCCUCACACAGCCUGCUAUGUUCCAGCUCCAAACAUGUAGCAGUGAUACAAGAAGGCUCUCAUUUUCCUUCUGUUUCAUUUCCUGCCUACAAAGGAGUACCUGCAAUGCAAAUAUGGCUGCCAUCCGAACACAUUUGGGACUACAUGGGAGAAAAUAGGAGUGUUAAACUCUUUUUUUCCGAACUGGAUGGAUUGUUCUUCAGAAAAAUGACAAACAAAACAAAAACAGCAACAAAAACACUAACCCAGACUGCACUUUUUUCCCCCAAAGGAAAAAGAAAUAACAAAUCUCCCUCUUCAAGCACAACUCCGACUUUUCUUACCAGCUCUCAUCCUGAUAGAGUUGGGGAAGCAACCAGUCUAAC